UCGGUUGAUCAGUCAAUUCAGGACUGUACAACGGCUCUUCGCAUAUUGAAUUUUUGCAGCCGCACAGUCCAGCAAGAUAUGGCUGCAAAGUCAAGAAAGACCUCCCCGCCAUCAGAGGAUCCUUUUACAGACAAUAACACUCCUAAAAUGGCCGUGAAGGCUAGAGACGAAUCAGCCAUUGCAUCCAGUAUUUCUUUCCGAGAAUCCGAAUGGAGCAUCGCUCAAAAAAUGGCUUCGUGUCUCUUACAGCUUACUGAACUGCAUCUGGUUCGCGGCUCCUGGCGUGAUGCUCAAUAUUAUCUUGAAAAGGGACAAGAACUGGGCGAGAGGUUGCACUCUCAAAUCAUGAAGUUCAAAUUCUUGGUAGCUUUCAGUGAUUACAAUUUGCGAUGCGGAUCACCAAACUCAAGUAUAUUGAACUUGAAGGAUGCUAGGGAAAUUCAGCCUGAGGGCGACAUAUAUCUUCGUGAGGAUGCAGAACUAUAUAUGGCAGCUGGCAAUGUUGAUGCGGACCAAGGGUCUCUAAGCGAUGCUAUCAAGUCGUACGACGUUGCUGAGGAAAAUUUUCAAAAGAUCCUUGACGCUGUAUAUAUUGCUACCAUUGAAGGCUUGGUCCAUAGGUAA